AUGGCAGAAGAGCAAACUGGACUUGAGGAGAGGAUAAUAAUAAAGGACCAGCACACAAAGGAAAUAGACCUGGUGAACAGAGAUCCAAAGCACAUUAAUGAAGAUGUUAUAAAGGUGGAUUUUGAAGAUGUCAUUGCUGAGCCAGCAGGUACAUACAGUUUUGAUGGAGUAUGGAAAACCAGCUACACCACCUUCACGGUCAGCAAGUACUGGUGCUACCGGCUGCUUUCGGUUGUGUUGGGAAUCCCUCUGGCAGUCAUCUGGGGCUUCCUCUUUGCUUUAAUCUCCUUUUGUCAUAUCUGGGCAGUAGUGCCCUGCAUCAAAAGCUACGUGAUUGAAAUCCAGUGUGUCAGCAGAAUUUACUCCCUGUGCAUCCACACCUUCUGUGACCCACUGUGCGAGGCCCUGGGGAAGCUCUUUAGCAGCAUCAAAGUUGCCCUACGCAAGGAAAUCUAG